AUGAGUCAAGGAGGCGUUCCUAAUAUCCCACCUCCGACGUUUCCUACAUUUGUGUCUGUGGUUGAUCCUCCUAGACCUUUGCCUCACUUCAGUAAUAGACCCGCGGAAGAAGAAAGACCUGUGCAAGCACAUGAAAACGUCCGUGUACCAUACCAUCAUCCAAGUUCUUCCCAAACAGCUCCAGCUGUAACUUCUCCACCACCAACCGUUAGCUCACCACCUGUUCAGGGAGCUACAGCUACUCAACCCGUAGUCACUAAAAAACUACCUCUAGCCCCUCAAGGAUCUAAGACUUAUAACUCGAAGAGGACUUUCAAGGUUAUCAUCGUUGGAGAUGCUGGUGUUGGCAAAACAUGUCUCUCUUUCCGUUUCUGUUGUGGAAGAUUCCCCGAACAUACCGAAGCGACCAUUGGAGUAGACUUCCGAGAACGGAGUUGUGUGAUCGAAAAAGAGUUAUUGAAGGUUCAACUAUGGGAUACUGCUGGUCAGGAGAGAUACAGACAAUCAAUUGUUGCUCAUUACUAUCGAAAUGUGAAUGCUGUCGUGUUCGUCUACGAUGUAAAUACUAAAAAUUCAUUCGAUAACUUGAAAGGAUGGAUUCAGGAAUGCGAGAAGCAUGGCUUAACAGCAAACGCUGAUGUCCCUCGUAUACUAAUAGGAAAUAAGUGCGACUUAGCGACGACAGAAAAGGUUUCCACAGAUGUUGCUCAGAUUUUCGCUGAUCGUAACAACAUGGCCUUGUUCGAAACGUCAGCUAAAGCUGAUUCCGAAACAGAUCAUGUAGAAUCCAUAUUUUUAACCUUAUUGCACAAGCUUCAACAGAGCAAACCUAUGCAUGUACAAAGCCAGGAUGAACGAGAAGCAACACAGAAUGACAAGUUAGUGUUAAAAGCCACUGAAAGAGCUGCUCUUGAAGACGACGGUUGGUGUUGUUGA